AUGUCCAUAUCAAAGUCCACCCCGAUCGCUGACCCGCCAUGCUUCGCUCCAUUCUCGACGUACACCUCGUCCACAAAAAGGAACAAGAAGGCCCUCGCUUCGACGCAAGACGAUUCAGCUCUGGAACUGGCGGCCACGACCAAAUCCAACGACCUCAAGCUGAAGAAGGCUUGGGAGGUCGCCCUGGCUCCAGCCAAAUCUCUCCCCAUGCAAGCCAUCAUGCUCUACAUGUCCGGCUCGGGCAUCCAGAUCUUCUCUAUGGGGAUCGUCUGGAUGUUGUUGACGAGUCCGUUCAAGGCGUGUUUCCAGAUCAUCAAGACUUUUGAACCGUACCGACAGGUUACCGCCACGUCGUCUGCUUCUUCACGAUCCAUAUCGACGACCACAUCAUCAACACCCACUCGGAAAGGCAAGAUUACCCCUGAUCUUCUUACCGCCAUGCUCGUCUACGUAGGCUGUCAAGCGCUCGUGCUCGGACUGGGGAUUUACAAGUGUAAACAGAUGGGACUCGUUCCUACCGGGACGGGCGAUUGGUUACAGUUCGAGAGUCGGGCUCCGGCGCCGGAAUGGUCCGCCGUACGAUUCGGAGGCAUGGGAGCAGGGUAUUGA